AUGAUUUCAGACCUAUGGCUGCUGGCUUUACUUGCACUCAGCGUUAAUGCCAUAUAUGAAGAUCAGGUUAACGUUCUAGAUUGGAAUCAAAAGUUCGUGGGGAAAGUAAAGUAUUCAAAAUUAAAGUUUGAUGGGACUACCCCUAAAAACUAUUUUGUGGGUUCUGAACUCAACGUUAUUAGCUCUAUUAAUUUGAAGGAUGGGUCAAUUGUUUGGCGACAGGUACUUGACGAGGACGGUGAAUUAACUGGAUUUGAAUUGUGUGGCAAUAAGUUGUUUUCUCUUUCCUCCAAGCAUGGGACUAAGCUGCGUGCUUGGGACAUUAAGUUUGGUGGUGUUUUAUGGGAGAUUUUAAUAGAUUCUUCUGAAUCAUCCAGUGGAGACAUUUGGUGUGACGAAAACUCGGGAAUUUUGGUUGUUGCUUACGAUAAAGGAGUGGAUACCUAUCGUCUUCAAACAGGUGAAAAGCUUCUGUCUGAUAGAAAUAUGAAUUCAAGUUCUCCUAUUCAAAUAAAUAUAGUUUCUGGGAAAACUGAAUCCAGUUCGACAAUCUCACUAGUCGAAAAAUAUCUGGAUAAGAGUGAUCAUCUGGAUAUGAUACACCUGAAUUAUCUUAUAUAA